AUGGGUUCCAAUUGGCCUACGAGGCGUGAUGUGCGCAAGCUGGUUCCACCAAGUAGUAUGAGAUCCUGCAUUAAAGUCUUUGAGCCGAAAAGAUCUGUGUUUGACGAGAAUGGAUCCCGAAGAAAAGAAAUCUUGUCAUUCACCGCCUGA